ACCCCUCCGGGACCCUCUUCUUCUCCCAGCGAGGACCUCGUGUCCGGAGCACCCACCCUGCAACUUCGCUUCCCCGUGGCCGCAGCUGACCUUGGUCCAGGCACAGAGCGAGGCCCAGCGGGGGACCGGGCGGCUGCGUCCACGGCCUUCAGGAUGUCCAUGGAAGGGAGCAGCGCAGAUGGCAAGACAGACUUGGCGAAUGGCAGCCUGUCCAGCAGCCCCGAGGACAUGUCCGGGGCGGAGGAGGGCCGGGAGACGUCGUCGGGCAUCGAGGUGGAGGCGUCCGACCUGAGCCUGAGCCUGGUGGGGGACGAGGGCGGCCCCACGCGCGCCAGCACCGAGAGCCGCGGCUCCGACACGGAGAGCUCGGGGGAGGACAAGGACUCGGACAGCAUGGAGGACACCGGCCACUACUCGGUGACGGAGGAGAGCCAGGCGCCCGGCCCCUCGGACGACGAGGACGACGAGGACGAGGACGCCGCGCCGCCGCGGCCCCGGCGCCGGGCGCUGCGCAAGCGGCCCAGCCGGGAGCAGGACUCGUCGGACGAGGAGCGGGCGCUGGAGGACUGGGUGUCCUCGGAGACCUGGGCGCUGCCCCGGCCGCGCUGGCGGGCCCUGCCGGCGCUGCGGGCCCGGGCGCUGGGCGGCGGCGCCCGCUUCGUGCGCGAGGCCUGCGGGGCGCGCGUCUUCGUGCAGCGCUUCCGCCUGCAGCACGGGCUGGAGGGCCACACGGGCUGCGUGAACACGCUGCACUUCAACCAGCGCGGCACCUGGCUGGCCAGCGGCAGCGACGACCUGCGCGUGCUCGUCUGGGACUGGGUGCGGCGCCGGCCCGUGCUGGACUUCGAGAGCGGCCACAAGAGCAACGUCUUCCAGGCCAAGUUCCUCCCGAACAGCGGGGACUCGACCCUGGCCAUGUGCGCCCGGGACGGGCAGGUGCGGGUGGCCGAGCUCUCGGCCACUCAGUGCUGCAAGAACACGAAGCGUGUGGCCCAGCACAAGGGGGCUUCCCACAAGCUGGCCCUGGAGCCCGACUCGCCCUGCACCUUCCUCUCCGCGGGGGAGGACGCCGUGGUCUUCACCAUCGACCUCCGGCAGGACCGGCCAGCCUCGAAGCUGGUGGUGACGAAGGAGAAGGAGAAGAAGGUGGGGCUCUACACCAUCUUUGUGGACCCCGCCAACACCCACCAGUUCGCAGUGGGCGGCCGAGACCAGUUUGUGAGGAUCUACGACCAGAGGAGGAUCGAUGAGAAGGAGAACAACGGCGUGCUCAAGAAGUUCUGUCCACACCACCUGGUCAACAGUGAGUCCAAGGCCAAUAUCACCUGUCUGGUGUACAGCCACGAUGGCACAGAGCUCCUGGCCAGCUACAACGACGAAGACAUUUACCUCUUCAGCUCCGCCCACAGCGACGGGGCCCAGUACACCAAGCGCUACAAGGGCCACAGAAACAACGCCACGGUGAAAGGCGUCAACUUCUACGGCCCCAAGAGCGAGUUCGUGGUCAGCGGCAGCGACUGUGGCCACGUCUUCCUGUGGGAGAAGGAGUCCUGCCAGAUCGUCCAGUUCAUGGAGGGCGACAAGGGCGGUGUGGUCAACUGCCUGGAGCCCCACCCCCACCUGCCCGUGCUGGCCACCAGCGGCCUCGACCACGACGUGAAGAUCUGGGCGCCCACGGCCGAGGCGUCCACCGAGCUGGCGGGGCUCAAGGACGUGAUGAAGAGGAACAAACGCGAGCGGGACGAGGACAGCCUGCAGCACGCCGACCUCUUCGACAGCCACAUGCUCUGGUUCCUCAUGCACCACCUGCGGCAGCGACGCCACCACCGGCGCUGGCGAGAGCCGUGGCUGGUGCCCACCGACGCCGACUCAGACUCCCCCAGCUCGUCGGACGAGGAGGAGGGCCCCGACCGCGUGCAGUGCAUGCCCUCCUGAGCCCCGCGGGCCGGACGGGCCCACGGCCGCCGCGCAGCCCACCCCGGGCAGGACGUGCCCGCAGCAGCCGGGGCCGGGCGGCCCAGCGGCAGAAUCGCACUUUGGACUCGGCUUGGGCGCGAGGAGCCGGCCGGGCCGCCCAAGGCCGCGCGCGCCAGGCCCGGCGGUGGACACGCGCCCCCCGCCCGCCCCGGGCCGCCUGCUUGGAUUGCUGGGGGGAGGGGGCCCCUCGGGUGGGGGCGCGGCGCGCGCUGGACAGGACUGGCGGCUGGGCCCUUUCUUUUUGUCUUUGGACC